AUGCUGAAUUUAGACAAACCAGAAAAGGCAGCGGUAGAAGACAUGAUUGUUUUCGGUGAUAAUGUUGCACCGCUGGUGUUGAAGACCCUCGCUGUUGAAGACGAUCUGUUUCAGGGAAAAGACAGACAAAACAACACGCAGCCUGAUCGUUGUGACAUCGGAGAAGACGCUGCUUCUCCAACGGCAGCCACUGCUGAUUCCGAUCAACGCAAUAAUGGUGAAGUUGCGCUAGUGUUGCGGACCCUUGCUGUCGACGACGAUCCAUCUCAGGAAAGAGAUCGCCAACUCUCCACGCAGCUUGAUCAAUGCAAAAGCGGAGAAGACUGUUUUUCCAAUGGUAGCCACCGCUGA